AUGCGAUGGCGUCACAUUCAGCUGUCAUUUGGCGCGUUCACGUUUGUUUUAUCUCUUCACUGUUUCCUCCAUUGGCCAAUAUCUAUGUCUCCGAGGCGAAACCCAAAAUUUGAUACGGAACCAACAUAUUGUUCUCGUCUGCUUAACAUCAGCAAAGGCCCGUUACAGCAGAUGACAGAAGAGAAAGUAGACAGAGUUUCAUUACAGUUAAGAGCGAGAAUUGUUGGCCUGUCUCCAGUAACUUUGCCCUUUCUCUUUCUUCCCUGUUGUCGGAGACUACUGUCUACUGCAUACUCGACCUUGGGCCUAGACCAAAUCGUUGACUUGUUACCGGGGUAUUUAUUGAUAGCCACCCGAAAUACUCUAUCUAAAUUGCUUUUAGUCCGGAUUAUCAGUACGCAGUUACGUGACGGGUUUUCCGUUAUUUCUGUUUUUAUCUUUCUUUCUUUCUUUCUUUCUUUCUUUUUAUUUCUUUCUUUCUUUCUUUCUUUCUUUCUUUCUUUCUUUCUUUCUUUCUUUCUUUUCUUUCUUUUUUCUUUUACUGAUACCAAGCAUCGAUAUGUCUUUUCCGGUUUUCCGUUAUUUCUGUCUUUAUCUUUCUUUCUUUCUUUCUUUCUUUCUUUCUUUCUUUUUCUUUCUUUCUUUCUUUCUUUCUUUUCUCCCUUUCUUUCUUUCUUUCUUUCUUUCUUUUCUUUCUUUCUUUUCUUUCUUUCUUUCUUUUCUUUCUUUUUUCUUUUACUGAUACCAAGCAGCGAUAUGUCUUUUCCGGUUUUCCGUUAUUUCUGUCUUUAUCUUUCUUUCUUUCUUUCUUUCUUUUCUUUCUUUCUUUCUUUCUUUCUUUCUUUCUUUCUUUCUUUCUUUUCUCCCUUUCUUUCUUUCUUUCUUUUCUUUCUUUCUUUUCUUUCUUUCUUUCUUUCUUUCUUUUCUUUCAUUCUUUUCUUUCUUUUUUCUUUUACUGAUACCAAGCAGCGAUAUGUCUUUUCCGUCUUUCCACGCGAUCAAAACGGAACAGUUUAUUAUCUAACACGUAAUGGCAGGGUGUUUUUUUCUUUAUUUUUUUUCUUUCUUUGUUUACUUUCUUUCUUUUCUCUCUCUUUAUUUUUCUUUCUUUUUUUACCUUCUUUCUUUCUUUUUCUUUCUUUCUUUGCUUCUUUCUCUCACUGA